AUGAGGAGUAGUCUGCACCAGCAGUACGAUAAGCAUGGCGUGUCAGGGGAUUUUUCUGGAUACAAGAGCUUGGCUUCAACAGACAAGUUCGUUCGCAAUCACGACGAUGUGAUGAUUAAGGAUUGCGAUGAAGAUCUGAAUGCUUUGCUCAUUCUCGCGGGCCUCUUUGCCACGAUUCUUACGGCAUUCCUCGCCAGUUCAACGGGCUGGCUUCAGCAGGAUUACACCCAGGUUACUGCCGACCUGCUCCUUCACAUAUCCACCCAGCUUGCCGAGGACUCUCCGCAGAAUGCUGCCCAGUUACCCGCAUUCGAAGCUGCCACAAUCGAUAUUGCAAUCAACAUCCUGUGGUUCCUCAGCCUUGUCCUCAGCCUCGCUUCCGCGCUCUUCGGGAUGAUAGUGAAGCGCUGGUUACGCGAAUAUCCGGCGUGGCAGACAGAGUCGCUCCAGGAGGCGAUCUGUCUCCGUCAGAUACGCUACAAAGCCUUCCUUCAAUGGAAGGUUCCUCUCAUUGUUGCCCUGCUCCCCGGACUACUCGAGAUGGCCCUGGUGCUGUUCAUGGUGGGAAUUGUGGCAAUGCUCUGGACGUUGAACUCCCUUCUUGCCGUGAUCAUCUCUAUAUCCUCUGCAGUAUUCCUUAUCAUCGCGUUCUCGGUCGUCCUUAUCCCGGCCCUCUUUCACCGUUGUCCCUAUCGAUCACCGGCGGGCUGGGCAUGUGUCCUUGUGUGGGGAUACGCAUGUCGAUUCUACUACCGGUUGCUGUGGACGGCAGGGCUGGUGUCGGGCGCUUUCCUGCGUAAUCAGCUCUCCCGGCACCGGGUACCGGCUGAUUGGAAGCAGCGCGACCUGCACCUCAACUUUGCUGACGAGUCCGGUCAUAAUUUCGACCGUUGCUUCGACGUGGAGACGACCAAGCUCAUGCAUCUGGUCGAUGCGGUCGUCUGGAUAUACGAGAAACGGCAGGACGAUACUCUACUCGACGGACUGUCCUAUCACAUCGACGUCCCGGAGUUGAGCAACAGCGUGCAGUCGCGCCUUCGAAUUCCAAUUCAUGCAACUUGUCGGAAGUUCAACAUAACAGUGGACAAGCUCUCCGAGUUUCUGCGCAGCCAGUAUACUCAGCACAAUUCUGCUAAAGGGCUCGUGCGGUACACGCUUUGCCUAUGGGAUACAUGGGACGUCCUGCAUCCCUGGAACUCCAUGUCUCUUCAAAUCCUUGGACACUUCCUGCUUUCGGAGCUCAGGAAGGCUGCUGUACUCCUCAAAGCUUCUGAUUCGCCGCAACUCUCGCCGUAUGACAUCACCAUGUUCGUCGAAGCGCUUUGCUUUCUCUACCAUAUCACCAGGACGUCGUCUGCUCAUGUGUUAAAGCAGGCCUACGCGAGCUUCCUUGUCGACCUCUAUCGCGAUUCCACUCGGGAAGAGGAUGUCGAGUCACCUUCACGAAUUCCAAGCUUCAAAACAAUAACCGUUCAGAUCCUCAGGAAGAUGGGAUCUAUUCGUCUUUAUGGUGGAUGUAUAUCUGUUGACCUUAACCGAACUCACAUGCGUUUCAAGGAUUAUGCCAGGCUUGCCGUCCAGGUCUAUCAAGAGAAUCGUGACUACGCAAACGAAGAAAGCUGCCACCUCUUCGUCACCCUCGCCGACAUCGCCGUACAAAAAUGCGAUGCCUGGUACGAAUGCGUCUACUACUACGAUCUCGAAGACCUCCAGUCUCUUCUCCAGUGCGUGGAAGAGGCGGCCCGCACCUCCCUGGAGCGCGGUAUUCCGAACUGCGGGCAUUACGGCGACCUGCCAUGGAUUGCGUCGCUGUCGAAAGCAGCGUCAUCGAACGCUGGGCUCCACACGUGCAUCCCGCUAUCGCUACUGCGGACCCUAGGGUCGGGCAUCGCGCUAGGGCUAUUUACCGGCGAGGGCCUGCAGAGGGAGCUGCGCAGACUUAAGAGGCGGUGUGCAUGCCGGGACACCGUCAGCGUCUCCCCUGAAGCUGUACCCGCGGAGGACCCGUUUGCGACGAGCGUGUCUACGCUGAAGACUCCCGGCUCCACGUCACAGUCUAUCGUUCGAGUCUCAUGCGAUGGUACCUCGCGCACGCCGCUGUUGUCAUCGCCCUCUGUAGAGAGCCUUGCUGGAGUUAUCGUCCAGGAAGGCCCGUUCUCUUCCAGUCCGACAUCUUCGUCGGAUGUUCUUGCCAAGGCCGAGUAAGGAUACGUAGAGUCGGAGAAGUGUGCUUCGUGCGCGAGGAGUACCACAUUGUGCUGAGAAUAUGACCUCUUGUAAACUUGUAUCGCGUAGACCCGGAUUUCAUAUCUCAUCUUGCAGCCAUAGGGGCUCUGCCACAACCAGUACCUCUUCGUAGGGCCUUCCAGUUUAACGAUCUCCAACCAAGCUC